GUGUUUUGUGGUUAAUGAUCGCAUUAAGUUAGUCGGAAGACAUUCGCGAGUGUUAUUAUAUUGGAGUAUUCAAUAAACAAAGUGUAUCUGCCUAUUUUUGCUUCGUGCUGGGAAGCCGCUUCAUAACUCAAAAGUUUAUGCGGACUUUUGAGUUAAUUCGUUUGGGGUUCGGAGUAGGAGUCUACUCCGAGGGUGGGGGCUUAGGUUUCAUCAUCAUCACCUUUCAUCAUUUCAUUAAUCAUCAAGAAAAAAAAUACAUCAGACAUGGCUGUAUGGGCAUAGUUCCCUUUGCCUUACCCUUCGGGGAAAACCAAAACAAAAAAAAAAAUCAUGUCACGAAUAUUUUGUUUUUCUUUCAUUUCGCAAAUAAAGUAUCAAUAAAUGUAUUUUACAACAUUAUUGUGAUGUCGUGUAGUACGAUGUUAUAUACUAUUUGUAAAUAGCAAUUAUUAGCUGUGAUUAAUGCUAGAAAUGGCUGAAGUGAGUGCAUUGAACUCCAUUCAGCUUGUCAAACGGAACGAGUUGACGAAUUCCAUCAAAACGGAAAACGAAGUGAAAAUCAAGCCGGAGCCGCUGGAGUGUGCGGUGUGUGUCUCACGGAGUACCGAGUGCGUCGAUAUCUGUGCCACCAGGACCGGCUCCGGUACGCUGCUCACUGACUUCCUGUGCAAGUUCACGCACAGCGAUCUCGUCACCGACAGCUCCAAGUACGUUUGCAAAAGCUGUCACGAUCUCAUCAAUGUCCUCGAGCAGGCGGAGUUAGAGUACCUUAAAUUGAAAGAAGCGUUUGAAGCUAUCCUCAGUAAGAACCCUCUGUUUGACCAAGUAACACGAGAAAAUAUAGUAAACAGUGUGAAGGAGGAGCUCAGCGAUGAUCUGUACGAGCCGCCGUGCCACGACGAUGACUCUGAGGAUGAACCACUCGCUGUCACCAAGAAGAAGAGGCACAGGAAAGUGGUCAAAAGAAAAAAGAAAGUAUGCAAUACAUCCAAACGGAAAGCAAGAGCCAAAAAAGAAAACUAUGUGGACAACAGUAAACAGAAACUUGACACUAUACAAAUUGCACUCAAUCCUAUGCUGCAAGAAGUGAAGAAAGAGGACUCUAUGGAUGGGUCACUAAAUACUGCUACAGAUAGUGAGUUUAAGUUAGAGAUAGACUACGAUGAUGAGGAUGAUGACAGUACUUUCAUGCCGGAGCUCAGUAAUGGGGAGAAGAAUCUGUUGAUGGAGAGAAGGAAGAGUAAGUCCACUGCCGGCCGGCCACCACGGAAGAAGGAGGAGAAGACCGUGCACCAGUGUGACCAGUGUGAUGCCAAGUACACCUCAUUUAAGAGACUGGAGAUACACAAAGAAAAGCACUUGGAGGGUAAACCACCGUUCAUCUGCGAGGUGUGUGGGGCACAUUACAAACAUAAAAGAGCUUGCGAUAUUCAUGUGGCUUUGCACAAAGGCAUUAGUGACUGGAAGUGUGAGGAGUGUAACAAACUGUUCCCAUCUAAAGGAGCAUUGCAGAGACACAAUAAUAUUCACACAGGAAAACUAAAUUAUCAGUGCGACCUGUGCGGCAAGUCGUUCAUCCACACGUCCUCGUUCAAGAUGCACAAGCUGUCCCACUCGGGUGAGAAGCCGCACGCGUGCGACGUGUGCGGGCUGGCGCUCAUGACGCGCUCGCACCUCAAGCGCCACAAGCGCAUCCACUCGGGCGAGAAGCGCCACGAGUGCGGCGUGUGCGGCAAGCGCUUCUCCGAGCGCUACAACCUCGUGGCGCACAGCAAGGCGCACGAGGGCGCGGCCGACGCCGUGCCGCCGCAGCCGCGGCGCCGCCUGUUCCGCUGCACCUUCUGCCAGGACCGCUUCGAGCGCCGCUACAUGCUGGAGCGGCACGUGGCCGUGGCCCACAACCGCACGCUGGAGCGCGCGCCCGCCACGCCGCGCAACACCAUGAGCAAGCUGCUCAAGGCGCAGGCCGCGGCGCGGGCGCAGCCGGGCCCGCCGCACACGCCGCACACGCCCGCCAGCGACCUAACGGACACUAAAGAAGAGCGUAGCCCAGAUUCGCGUGCUUCCAGUAUUGCGGGUCACAAGCUGCAACUUUCGUCAGUGACGACGAUAUCGACCGCGGGCUCGUGGUCGGGCGCGUACGCGGCCGAGUUCGGGCUGCGGCCGGACUUCCCCCACUGACCGCGGCGGCGAGCGGCCCGCCCUCUGCCUGCGGCCUCCUGCCUCCUGGUGACACAGAGCUAGCCUCGUGAACAACAUUAAGUCGUAUAAACUGCAAAUACACAAUCUUUUCUUUGUUAGAAGGAAACCUUUUCACAACGAGAUACUAUAUUAAAAUACAUUAAUUUCUCUAUUUUAUUUAUGAAUUUUCGUUAUUGAAAAAAAAAAAAUCAUGAAUCGUUUUAAUUAAAUGUUCUGCAAUUUUGUGUCUUAUCAAAAAUCGAAAACACCAAUGCUCUGCCGAAACGUCACGGUUACGACGAGCAAUUCCUGCUGUAUAAAUUUGUAUAUUUAUUUAGCGAUUACUUGAACGUGAAAUGAACGAUUGCAUACCUACACGUUAUGUAAAUAGUAAUUUAGACUAGAAGAUACUUACUUUUGUAGCGUAUUACGAAAUAGAGGGAAGACAUUACAAUGUUUUUGGUUUUGUUUGGAAUAGCGUCUCGUAUAUCGUCGUAGGAAUCACAAUUUGUGGGUAUCUAAGUAGCACCAUCUACUCAUUAGUGCAAUUAAAAUAAUAUUUUUAUACUAAUACUAAGUUACUAUAGUUCUGUACAGAUAUAUAUAUUAUUAUAUUAUUAGUCCACUAAUGCUGCAACAAUCAUCUGCUGUGGCCGAUGAUUAUGACUAUGGUGAUGAUAAAUAUGAUCGUUUGAAUCUUUAUUAUAUUACAUAGGAUCAGACAGUUGAUAUAUCUAACGAUGUAAUGUAUUUUUAAAGAUAAGAUGAUGUUGGUAAGAUAAAAGAAGUUAUGUACAUUACUUAACAUUAACCUGGACUUAAUUUACUGUUACUUUUGGGAUUUUAUCAACAGACGUUGACUGAUAUUGUAAUGUAUCGUAAGUUUACUGUAUAUUAUUAUAAUAAAACAUUUCUUGAAUAAAA